AUGACCAAUAUCACUGCAAUAAGUGGAUUCAUCUUCAUGGGGAUCUCUGACAUCCAAGAGCUACAGACUUUCUGUGGAGUGCUCUUCCUAAUGAUGUACAUGGCAACACUAAUAAGUAACCUGAUGAUCAUCAUCCUUACCACCCUUGAUCUGCAGCUUCAAACACCCAUGUAUUUCUUCCUGAAGAAUCUGUCCUUAUUAGAUGUCUUCUUUGUCUCAGUUACCAUCCCAAAUUUUGUUUUCAAUAGCCUAAUACACAACAAUUUCAUUUCAAUUCUUGGUUGUGCAGUUCAGGUAUUUUUAUUGAGUACUUUCACAGGAGGGGAAGUAUUUAUACUGACUGUCAUGUCCUAUGACCGCUAUGUUGCCAUUUGCAGUCCCCUGUACUAUGAUGCCAUCAUGAAUGGCGGUACCUGUGUGCUUAUGGUGGGUAUUUCCUGGGCUACUGGAGUAGUCUUUGCAGCCAUAAAUACAGCUGGCACAUUUUCCAUGUCAUUCUGUGGCUCAAAUAUGAUCCCACAGUUUUUCUGUGAUGUCCCCUCAUUGCUAAGGAUUUCCUGCUCUGAAACACUCGUGCUCAUUAAUACAAGUCUUGGAAUUGGUCUGUGUCUAGGCAUGAUUUGCUUCAUCUGUGUGGUGAUCUCUUACUUUUACAUUUUCUCCACUGUGUUUAAAAUUCCUACAGCAAAAGGUCAGUCCAAAGCUUUUGCCACAUGUAUCCCCCACCUCACUGUUUUCACUAUUUUCAUGGGUACUGCUUGCUUUGUCUAUCUGAAACCACCAUCACGUGUGCCGUCAAUCACAGACAAGCUUUUUUCCGUGCUAUACACUGUGUUAUCUCCAACACUGAAUCCAUUGAUCUAUAGCUUGAGGAACAAUGAUGUCAAGUGUGCUAUGAAGAGGUUGCAGCAAAAUCUGUAUAAACAAGAGUAUUUGCACUUGAUAAGAAUCAGCUUAAAUGGAAUAAAUGGUUCCACUGAAAUAUAUAACCAUGUGAAAAUGAAAAGGAAACAAAUAUAUGUAACAUGUAAUAAAAUAGUUUAG